UUGAUACUGAGAGUGUGCAGCAGACGGCAGAGAGGCAGAUAGCAAAGGAGAGAGAGAGAGUGGGCAGGGCUCUAGGUACAGUAUGUGAGAACAACAGCACGCCGGGCCGUUGGGACAGACGGGGGGAGUGAGACGAAAGAAAGAAGGGGGAGGAAGACCAGAGUGUGUGGUUAAGUGCUUGUAAGUGUGUGUGUGUGUGUGUGUGUGUGUGUGUGUGUGUGUGUGUCUGUGUGUGUGUGUGUGUGUGUGUAUGUGUGUGAAAUCAGACAGAGACAGUGUCCAAGUGCAAGACAGUGAGCCAAGGAGAGAGAUGCUCGGAGAAGAUGAGGAGUAACAGGGCGAGGCAGCAGCGAGAGGCACUGUGUCCGUGUGUGUGUGUGUGUGUGUGUGUGUGUGUGUAAGGAAUAGUGUGCGAACAGAGGGAUGCAGUCAUGUCUCUGUGAGAGGGAGCAGCACAGCAACGGUAACCAUGCUGAGCCCCAAGAUAAAACAGGCACGCCGGGCGCGGUCCAAGAGCAUGGUGCUCGGAGAGUUGUCUCGGGUCUCCAGGCCCUGCUCUCCUCUGGAUCAGGAGAAGGCACUGAAGGCAGGCUGGCUGAAGAGACAGCGGAGUAUCAUGAAAAACUGGCAGCUGCGUUGGUUUGUCCUGAGGACCGAAGCUCUGUAUUUCUACAAGGACCAGGAUGAAACCAAGGCACAGGGUUGUAUUCCUCUUCAGGGCAGUCAGGUCAAUGAGCUGCCUGCCAAUCAGGACGAGCCUGGUCGUCACCCUUUUGAAAUUGUUCCAGGAGUGGCUGGAGAAAAGGAUCGAACAGGCAUCAGCCACGAAUCAUUCCUGCUGAUGGCCAACUCUCAGAGUGACAUGGAGGAAUGGGUCAGAGCCAUUCGUAGAGUCAUAUGGGCUCCUCUUGGAGGAGGUGUCUUUGGGCAGCACCUAGAGGAGACAAUGUUGUACGAGGCCCAGUGUGGCCCUCAGCGACUGGUCCCUGUGCUGGUCGAACAGUGCGUGUGUUUCAUACGUGAACAUGGGCUCCAGGAGGAGGGCCUUUUCAGGGCCCCUGGACAGACCAAUCAUGUGCGGGAGCUGCAAGAUGCCUUUGACCGUGGCGAGAAGCCAGUGUUUGACAGUACCACGGAUGUCCACACAGUGGCAUCACUGCUAAAGCUGUACAUACGGGAGCUGCCGGAGCCUAUAAUCCCGUUCUCCAAAUACACACAGUUUCUCUCUUGUGCUCAGCUUCUUACCAAGGACAAAGCAAUGGGUAAAGUGGAGCUAGGCAAACAGGUGAAAUCCCUUCCUCAGGUCAACUACAACCUCCUCACAUACAUCUGCAAGUUUCUGGAUGAGGUUCAAUCUCACUCCAAUGAGAAUAAAAUGAGUGUUCAGAAUCUGGCCACUGUGUUUGGACCGAAUAUCCUUCGGCCCAGAGUAGAGGAUCCAGUUACCAUGAUGGAGGGAAGUUCGCAGGUGCAGCACCUCAUGACUGUGCUGAUCAGUGAACACACUAGACUUUAUCAACGGGAGGAGACGGAAACUGAGGCCAAGAUUCCCCCACAGCAACAACAGAGUCCUCUCCAACGGUGCAAAGUGGAAUGGCUCUCACGAGAAGACCUGGCCCCCCCACCCUCCAAAACCCCUAAAGAGGAACCCCAAUCUUCAACCCCUUCUAAAGACAGUAAGCCGACUGCACCGAGCCCCAUUACAGUGUCGGAGAAGGGUGAAGAUGGUCAGAUUGAAGGAAAGGGCAAAGGUAAGACAGAAGAAAAAGUUGAUGGACAAGCAGAUAGCAAAACUGAAGCGAGAGGUGGAAGUGAGGUAGCCGUUAGCCCCAGUAAACAGUCUAAAGCCUUGCCCUGGAGGAGCUCCUUCAAAGGAGGUGCAGCAUCUGGGGGGCAAAGGGGGAAAAUAGGGGGGUCGGCGGGGGAUGUGUCAGCAGCUGGUGGGAGCAACUGGCUGAUUAAUGGCCUGUCAUCCCUCCGAGCUCACAGGCGCACUACCUCAUCUGGUGAAAGACUAAAAGACUCUACUACGAAGGAUUCAACCCUCUCCCAUAAAGAGACCACUCUUCCACUUAAGGAUACACAGAGAGACUCUGAUGAAGACUCCUCUCAAACACCCCUGUCUCAUAGAGCCCUGCUCCAGUCCCACAGACUGUCUGCCUAUGAGAAUGUUACCCCCUCCAGUCUAAGCCUGCCUGCUGACACAUCCUCCAUCUGGACAUCCUUUGAGAUCUCACUGGCCGAGCCAGAGGGAAGCGAUAAGGCAGUAAAAUUGGGGCAGAGUCAAGAGAGACCCACAGAGGUGAGGGACAGUACAAGUCCUCUGGAUAACAGUGCAAGGGGUACUGAGGAGGAUCUCACAGGAACAAAUGAAGGUAUCACUAACAUGCUGACCGAGCUCAAGCAGGAGCUGAAGAACCAGAGGACAAGCUACGAAACCUCCAUUUGCAAGUUGGAGGAGUCCUGUUCUAAGUACCAGUCCCAGGUAAACAGCCUUGAGGAUGAGCUGGACCAGGAGAAAAAGAAGUUUCACAUGCUGGAGAUCCGACUCAGGAACUCGGAGAGGGCACACCAAGACGCAGAGAAGCGAAACAUUCUCCUCCAGAAAGAAAUGGAUGAGUUCUUCAAAACCCUUGGAGAUCUGACCACAGGAGCAACAUGGACACACUAGACGAGACCAACCUGCCUUCAUCUGGUCCAUUAGAGGAGGAGAAGCUUGAAUACUGGGACUACCAGUCAGCUCCAAAGCUUUGAAGACCAAAUACCUCUAGUGCAGUACUACUUGCCAUCGUGUCCUCUUUAGUACAGCCGUCUUGUGCCUACACUGACCAGUGCCGGUGCCAAACGAGAACUCCUCUGGACCAAGCAAUCCUUUUACCAUUCCGCAAAAUUCCUUACUAUUAUACAUCAUUUAUCAUGUAGCUGAUUAUUUAUGAACUUAGUGAGCAGAAAAAUACUUACUGAUGAUAAGAGGUACAGUCUUCCCAUACACACCCUGUUCAUUUCCCCUUAGCAAUCAUAUUCUCGAAAGAAACGUUAAAAUGACAGUAAAAGAAAGAACAAUGUGACACAUUAAAAUUCUACUGUUUUAUUUGCUGGAGUUGAAGUUAGACAGUUUACAUUUUUGAUGUAUAUAAUUGGUCUGUUAGUGAGGCCAUUUCAGAUCCAUAGCUGAACUAGCCCGAUCAAAACACUCAAAACAGGUGAACUCUUUGCUGACAGUGUUUGGCCAAACCAUCAGAAGACUGCAGCAUCAUCCCAGUAGUGCCGUAUGGCUUUCCCAUCUUUCCUCGAAAUGUACCUUCACUAAAACCAGAUUUUUCAUG